GGUCUGGAACGUGCUGUAACCACAAACAGCGAUUAUGGAAAUAACCCGCUUUAGGAUCCACAGUUUGAACCAACCUCAAACCUGCACAGGCAAAACCUAGCAUCCUAUGGCAUGCAGGAAAUCUCACUCGGGAGCCUGAAGCAGAAUUCAAGGUCAGCCUGGCUUACGUGAGUUCCAACCCAUCCUUCCCCUUCAGAAGUCACUACUAAGGACUGCUGUAACAAACUCCGUCGGGACCCGAAAUUGGAGUUAUGGACCGGAUGCCAACCAGUACGCAGAGUUCCGGGAGGCCCUGACUAAGUUUGGCGCGUAGUCCCGGAGACCCGGAGGCGUAGAGCGGUUGGCCUGGACGCGCUUCCGGGACUGGGGAAGAGGACGGGCUCCUAAGCUCCGCCCCAUGGGUGGAGCCACGUCCAGGACAUGCGGGGGCUGCGGCAGGGCAUCAUGAAGCAGCUGCCCAUCUUGGAGCCUGGAGACAAGCCCAGGAAAGCCACAUGGUACACUUUGACUUGCCCUGGAGACAGGCCCUGCCCUCGAGUUGGCCACAGCUGCUCAUAUUUCCCCCCAGUUGGUGAUGCCGAGAGCGGGAAGAUCUUCAUUGUCGGGGGAGCAAAUCCAAACCAAAGUUUCUCAGAUGUACACACCAUGGACUUGGGAACACACCAGUGGGACACGGCCACCAGGGAGGGCCUCUUGCCUCGGUACGAGCAUGCCAGCUUCCUUCCCUCCUGCUCUCCUCACAGCAUCUGGGUGUUUGGAGGUGCAGACCAGUCAGGAAAUCGAAACUGUCUGCAAGUCAUGAGUCCUGAAGACAGGACGUGGAGCACACCAGAAGUGACUGGCUCCCCUCCAUCCCCAAGAACAUUCCACACAUCGUCCGCAGCUAUCGGAAACCAACUAUACGUCUUUGGGGGAGGAGAGAGAGGUGCCCAGCCUGUGGAGGACGUGAAGUUGCAUGUAUUUGACGCAAACACUCUGACAUGGUCUCAACCGGAGACACAUGGAAGUCCUCCGUCUCCUCGGCAUGGCCAUGUGAUGGUGGCAGCGGGCACAAAACUCUUCAUCCACGGAGGAUUGGCAGGGGACAAGUUCUUUGAUGAUCUCCAUUGCAUUGAUAUAGGUGACAUGAGCUGGCAGAAGCUUGGUCCCACCGGGGCUGUUCCAGUCGGCUGUGCUGCCCAUGCCGCCGUUGCUGUGGGACACCAUGUAUAUAUGUUUGGAGGUAUGACAGCCACUGGAGCACUGAACAUGAUGUACAAGUAUCACACAGUUUCCUAAAGCAACAGUCCUCCCAUCGAGCUACUUAAACAGAUAAAGACACAGUGAUAACAACCUACCUGUAUCCUGAUCACCAGAGAGGACACCAGCCUGGACAGCGGCACCAUAGGCUACAGCCUCAUCGGGGUUUAUGCCACGGGAUGGCUCCUUGCCAUUGAAGAACUCUUUCACCAGUUGCUGAAUCUUUGGAAUUCGAGUAGAUCCACCAACCAGAACAAUUUCAUCAAUAUCAGAUUUCUUCAGAUCAGAGUCUUCCAACACUUUCUGGACAGGCUUCAUGGUAGAGCGGAACAGGUCCUAGCAAAAAAGAAAAGCAAGGCAUGGUUACUAUGGUGCUGACCACCCAGACCUUAUUUAGUUAUCCCAAAUUCUACAGUCUAAGCGGAUUCCAUUAGCACUGUCAAGGAGCAUACCAUGUUCAGCUCUUCAAAUUUGGCCCGAGUAAGGGUCUCUGAGAAGUCUUCUCCUUCGAAGAAGGACUCAAUUUCAAUCCUUGCUUGAUGCUGAGAAGACAAGGCUCUCUUAGCCUUUUCUACCUCACGCCGGAGUUUCUGCACAGCUCUGUUGUCUUUCCUAACAUCUUUACCAGUUUUCUUUUUGUACAACUUGAUGAAGUGUUCCAUGACCCGCUGAUCAAAGUCUUCCCCACCCAGGUGAGUAUCUCCAUUAGUGGCCACCACUUCAAAGACACCAUUGUCAAUGGUGAGAAGAGACACAUCGAAGGUGCCGCCACCCAGGUCAAACACAAGGAUGUUCUUCUCUCCCUCUCUCUUAUCCAGGCCAUAUGCAAUAGCAGCUGCUGUACUGUGAGGAUGAAGAGGAGGGAAGAAAGCUUGGUCAGGGGUUCAUAUUUCCCCCCCACUUGGGAAUAUGGUAGAGCUCUGAGUCCCAUACUUACGGCUCAUUGAUGAUCCUCAUGACAUUCAGUCCAGCAAUAGUGCCAGCAUCUUUGGUUGCUUGUCGCUGGGCAUCAUUGAAGUAAGCUGGUACAGUAACAACUGCAUGGGUAACCUAGAAGGACAACCGUGCAAUCAUACUUAAAGAUGAUUGAAGUACAUGGUGUUCUCACUUCUGUCACUCUUAUCAACUAGUCAAGCCACAACAGUUUCUAAGUCAGUUUACUGCUAUAUCAUACGCUUUUGUCAUUAGAAUUAAGCAGUGGUAACUCAUAAAGGCUGACUAGCAUAUACCUUGACCUCCCACAAAACACUAAAUCACUAAAAGUUAAGAUUGAAAGGUUUCUGGGGCUGGUGAGAUGGCUCGGCAGGUAAGGGCACUGACUGCUCUUCCGAAGGUCCUGAGUUCAAAUCCCAGCAACCACAUGGUGGCUCACAACCACCCAUAAUGAGAUCUGACACUCUCUUCUGGUGUGUCUGAAGUCAGCUACAGUGAAAUUAUGUAUAAUAAUAAAUAAAUCUUUAAAAAAAAAUUGAAAGGUUUCAAACCAUGAAGGCUUCCCUACACAAGUCAUCGAGGGGGAGCAACAGCAAUCAAACACUCAACACUGUUUCACACGUUAUUCACCUUCUUUCCCAAAUACGCCUCAGCAGUCUCCUUCAUUUUAGUGAGAACCAUGGCAGAAAUUUCUUCUGGGGCAAAUGUCUUGGUUUGCCCACCUCCAAUAUCAACUUGAAUGUACGGUUUAGUUUUCUUUUCAACCACCUAUGGCAUAAAGUAAUUUAAAGGUAAUUUUUCCGAAGAGGAAACAAUGACACCACAAACGAUUUAAAAAAAAAAAUCCAUUUCCUCCCUCCCAUAGCUUGAUUCAUCUCUGUCCCUUAGGGGGAAAUCACAACUAAAACUGAGCACAGCUGUAUUGUAGAUAGAUCGACAGUUUUAGUCUGUUUCAACUUCUAGACAUUGUUAACAGUGUGUCAUGUUUUAUAACACACUAAAAA